CAUCUAAAUCCCUUUGCUGGCAACACUGUUUGACGGGUGUUUGUUGUUGUUUUCCUCAAAUUCUGAACACGAACACCAGAAACUCUCCAGGGGGAACCAGAGACAUGCUAGAAAUUAAUGCAAAAUUACUGCGAGAUCAAAGUGCAGUGUUUAUGUGCGGUGAGGUGGUGGAGUGUUUAAUUGAUUUCAUUCACCCAUCGCUACCGGAGCACAAGAUUUCACAGAGCAAUAGUGAUAUUUUGGAAAAUCUUGCCUGGGCGACGGUGCAGCUGCACUGCUACUGCAACGCCUCGUUUAACGAGAAAGCUCCGCAUGAUGCUGCCGCGAACAGAAACGUUGGCGGCAGCACGUCGCUAAACGCCAGCAACCAGCUCAAGGGAGAGGUGCUGCACUCGACCGAACCGAAGAUACUGUUCUGCGAUCUGCGCCUGUCCCCGGGAGAAGCAAAACAAUUUUUGUAUCGUGAAACCGUGCCACUGAAUACGCCGCCUACGUACCGUGGAAUUCGCGUAAAGUAUUACUACAAAAUCACGGUUGCCACGCAACGGCUAGGCUCAACCGUGCAGGCGCUAAACAUUCCGAUCCGCGUGCUCCCGCUCCCGCUGCCCCAGAGCGAUCUCGACGAAGCGAUCACCCUGAACGAUGAGUCGAACGAAGAUCUGGCACCGAACAACCCGUUCCUGGAGAAGAAGCGGCCGCCGUCGCGCAUCGAGUACGCGCUGCACUACUUGCGCGGCGUGACCGCACGCCGCCGGCCAAACUUCUUCAUGAUCAACAACAAAUGGGGCAAAGUGGGCCGGUUCUGUCUGUUCAAGUCGGCGUACAAGCUCGGCGAGGACAUCGUGGCCACGAUCGAUUUUAGCUGCGGUACGAUCAAGUGUGUGCAGCUUUCCGUCACGUUGCAGUGCGAAGAAACGGAGCUGUUGCAUGGUGCCGUCUCACCGCCGAGCGGUACGCCCAGUGCAAAGGAAGACUCGAAAGGGGCGGACAGUGCCGAUGUUGCCUCGAGCACCGCCGAGGGUGCGAACGAGCCGGAACGGCCGAAGAACAUUUCCCGCGUGACCAACUACAGCAAGCAUCACGAAGUGUGCCUGGGCAUGCUGCAGACGCAAGUGAUCCUGCCCAUCCCGCUGCACGUCACUCCCACCUUCCGGACGGAGCUGAUCGAGGUCAGCUGGCGGUUACACUUUCAGUUCGUGACCAGCACGAACGCGGAGCUGAGCAGCGAGAUGCUGCUCGAUCGCACCGCCGAAAGCGAGGAAGGGCUGGAGUGGGUCGCACCGACGGACAUUGCGAUCGAGACGAUGAUCUGGAGCCUUCCGAUUACGAUCUACCCGACGGCACCGCUGCAAAUACCGCAGCCCUGUGGGGAGUACAAGCUAAACAUUAAGUAACGUUCUGUGCCGGCUGCCGUGCAAUAAACCAAGUCCUUUUCUGUGGCGCUGGAA